AUGGAGAGCCGAAAGGACAUGGUUAUGUUUCUGGACGCGGGUCAGCUUGGUACUCUGGUUGGCAAGAGGGUCUCCAAUUUGUCCGAAGCCGUGGGCAGUCCGCUGCCUGAGCCGCCAGAGAAGAUGGUGACCCGUGGUUGCCUGAGCCCGCGGGCCGGCCCUCCGGCCGCCCGGGAGCGCGGCGGGGGAGGCCUAGAGGAGGAGGCGGCCGACGGACUAGCAAGCAGCGCCGCGGGGCCGGGCGCCGAGCCGCGGGCAGCCGGGGCUGCGGUGCUCGGUCCCGGACCUCCGGCCCCUUCCGCCGACAGCCUCUCGGGUCAGGGGCAACCUAGCAGCUCGGACACCGAGUCGGAUUUCUAUGAAGAAAUCGAGGUGAGCUGCACCCCGGACUGCGCCACGGGGAACGCCGAGUACCAGCACAGCAAAGGGCCCAGCUCAGAGACACUGGCCAGCAGUCCCAACAGCGGCAGCGAGGCCCCCAAGAGCAACAGCAGCGGCAGCUCACAGGGCACCCUGGCCUGCAGCGCCAGUGACCAGAUGCGACGCUACCGCACCGCCUUCACCCGGGAGCAGAUUGCCCGGCUGGAGAAGGAGUUCUACAGGGAGAACUAUGUGUCCAGGCCGCGGAGAUGCGAGCUGGCCGCUGCCCUAAACCUGCCGGAAACCACCAUCAAGGUGUGGUUCCAGAACCGGCGCAUGAAGGACAAACGGCAGCGGCUGGCCAUGACGUGGCCGCACCCGGCCGACCCCGCCUUCUACACGUACAUGAUGAGCCACGCGGCGGCCGCGGGCGGCCUGCCCUACCCCUUCCCGUCGCACCUGCCCCUGCCCUACUACUCGCCGGUGGGCUUGGGCGCCGCGUCCGCCGCAUCCGCCGCCGCCUCGCCCUUCAGCGGCCCGCUGCGCCCGCUCGAUACCUUCCGCGUGCUCUCGCAGCCCUACCCGCGGCCCGAACUGCUGUGCGCCUUCCGCCACCCGCCGCUCUACCCCGGCCCGGCUCACGGACUGGGCACGGCGGCCGGCGGCCCCUGCUCCUGCCUCGCCUGCCACAGCGGCCCGGCCAACGGGCUGGCGCCCCGCGCCGCCGCCACCUCGGACUUCACCUGUGCCUCCACCUCCCGCUCGGACUCCUUCCUCACCUUCGCGCCCUCGGUGCUCAGCAAGGCCUCCUCCGUCGCGCUGGACCAGAGGGAGGAGGUGCCCCUCACCAGAUAA